UUGGAACCCUUCAGUUCGCCGGCGAGGGUCCACAAAUUUACUUGCGCCGAAUUAUUUGGAAGUCUUGAAUUAUGGCGAAGCCACAGAGCGACAGCGAACGCAGAAAGCAGAUCUCCGUCAGGGGAAUCGCCGAAUUAGACGAUGUGAACGAGAUCAAGAAGACUUUCAACAGACAUCUCCACUACACCCUCGUUAAGGACAGGAAUGUGGCCACCUCCAGGGACUACUACUUCGCCCUGGCCAACACCGUCAGGGACCAUCUGGUCUCAAGGUGGAUCAGGACCCAGCAGCACUACUACGAAAAGGACCCUAAGAGAGUUUACUACUUGUCACUUGAAUUCUACAUGGGCAGGUCCCUGCAGAAUACCAUGAUCAACUUGGGAAUUCAAAGUCCAGUUGAUGAGGCCCUCUACCAACUAGGUUUGGAUAUUGAAGAGCUCGAAGACCUUGAAGAAGACGCCGGUCUUGGAAAUGGGGGCUUGGGACGUCUUGCUGCCUGCUUCCUCGAUUCUAUGGCCACCUUAGGCAUGGCCGCUUAUGGUUACGGUAUCAGAUAUGAAUACGGUAUCUUCGCCCAGAAAAUCGUCAAUGGCGAACAACAAGAAGAACCCGACGACUGGUUGCGUUAUGGUAACCCUUGGGAGAAAGCGAGACCAGAAUAUAUGAUUCCCAUCAACUUCUACGGUAACGUUAUCGAUUCACCUGAAGGCAGGAAAUGGGUUAACACUCAAAUUGUCUACGCUUUGCCCUACGACAACCCCAUUCCCGGAUACAACAACAACGUUGUCAACACUUUGAGAUUAUGGUCCGCCAAAUCUCCAGUUGACUUCAACCUCAAAUUCUUCAACGAUGGUGAUUACAUCCAAGCCGUCCUCGAUCGUAAUUUGGCAGAAAACAUAUCACGUGUCUUGUACCCCAACGAUAACUUCUUCGAAGGCAAGGAGCUCCGUUUGAAACAAGAAUACUUCAUGUGCGCCGCUACUCUUCAAGAUAUCAUCCGCAGGUUCAAAUCCUCGCAGUUCGGAAGCCGCGAGACCACUAGGACUGACUUCAAGCUACUCCCCGAAAAAGUCGCAAUUCAAUUGAACGACACUCAUCCAGCUCUGGCGAUUCCAGAACUCAUGAGGAUUUUGAUCGAUGUUGAGAAACUGUCAUGGGAAGAAGCUUGGGACGUGACCGUCAAGACUUGCGCUUACACCAAUCACACCGUUUUGCCCGAAGCUUUGGAGAGGUGGCCCGUCACAUUGUUGCAGAGCAUUCUUCCGAGACAUUUGGAGAUUAUUUACCACAUUAACUUCUUGCACUUGAAGGAGGUUGAAAAGAAAUGGCCUGGUGAUUGGGACAGACUGAGAAGCAUGUCUUUAAUCGAAGAGGAUGGCGAGAAGAGAGUUAACAUGGCCCACUUGUCUAUUGUUGGAUCCCACGCCGUCAACGGUGUUGCCUGGAUUCACUCCGAAAUCAUCAAAGCGGAUUUGUUUAAAAACUUCUACGACCUCACCCCAGAGAAAUUCCAGAACAAGACCAACGGUAUUACUCCUCGUAGGUGGUUGCUCUUGUGUAACCCCGGUCUGUCAGAUUUGAUCUCUGACAAGAUUGGAGAAGAUUGGAUCGUCCACUUAGAUCAGUUGCAGAAACUGAAACAAUGGGCCAAGGAUGCAAACUUCCAGAGGGCCGUUGCUAAAGUCAAACAAGAGAAUAAGCUCAAAUUGGCCCAACUUUUAGAGAAACAAUACAACGUCAAGAUUAAUCCAGCUAGUAUGUUCGACAUCCAAGUAAAACGUAUCCACGAGUACAAAAGACAACUAAUGAACUGCUUGCAUAUCAUCACUUUGUACAACAGGAUCAAGAAGGAUCCAUCAUUGAAGGUCACUCCAAGAACCAUCAUGAUUGGUGGCAAAGCUGCUCCAGGAUACUACACUGCUAAAAAGAUCAUCAAGUUGAUUAACGCUGUCGGAAACGUAGUUAACAACGACCCCGUCGUCGGUGAUAAACUGAAAGUAAUCUUCUUGGAGAACUAUAGAGUAACUCUGGCUGAAAAGAUCAUGCCUGCCGCCGAUUUGAGUGAACAAAUCUCCACUGCUGGUACAGAAGCCAGUGGUACUGGUAACAUGAAGUUUAUGUUGAACGGUGCCCUUACUAUCGGUACUUUGGACGGAGCCAAUGUCGAAAUGGCCGAGGAAAUGGGCAACGAGAACAUCUUCAUCUUUGGUAUGACCGUCGAAGAGGUUGAAGAUUUGAAGAAGAGAGGUUACAAUGCCUACGACUACUACAACUCCAAUCCGGAAUUGAGACAAGUUGUGGACCAGAUCCAGAACGGUUUCUUCAGCCCCGAAAAUCCCGACGAGUUCAAGGAUAUUGCUGAUAUCCUGUUGAAAUACGACAGAUUCUUCCUGUUUGCUGAUUAUGAAGCCUACAUUAAGAAACAGGAUGAAGUCAGCGCUGUUUAUCAAAACCAAUCUAAAUGGUUGGAAAUGUCCAUCAACAACAUCGCCUCUUCAGGAAAAUUCUCGAGUGACCGUACCAUCAUCGACUAUGGAAAAGACAUCUGGGGUGUGGAGCCCAGCUACGAAAAACUUCCCGAUCCUUCUGUGCCAAGAGAGAUUGCCUUAAAAUAACAAUUAGCCCCUAAUCCUAAUCCCCAAUAUUAGUCAGCUUUUGUAAAGUUGACCUAAUUAAUAAUUGUUUACAAUGCACUAUAGAUGUUAUUUAUUUCAAAUUGUCAAAAAAUACUAUAAGAUGUUAAUGAUACGAAAAAUAUAUAAAUAUUAUGCAUUCGCAUAGACGUAACGCCAAAAUAUUAAAAUAAUGAAUUCUUUAUAUAAGUUCGUUGCAACAAGUUUUUAGGUGUUUUUGAACAACGUUAGUUUAAUAAAUGCAUUAGCUUAAGGAACUCACUAAAAUGAACUUGUGGUCGUUUAAAUUAUUAUGUCUAGUAUUAUUGAUUGCCAUUGUCCAAAAAGUCAUGUCUUCGUUUGUACACCUUCAACCAUCGUGGUGCUAUUUUUUGUUUAAUAAUUGUUUUCAAUAUUUUAAAUAAUAAAUUAUAUUUAAGUAGA